CUUUGAGCAAACAUUCUUGAUCCUCGUCUUCACUUUCUGGUCGGUGGAGAUCAUGUAGUCGACAUCAUGAUGUCUGGCCAGUCGAUCUACCUGCAAAUUACUGCCACUCUUCUUGUAGUCAUCACCACAAUUUGGUAUCUAGCAUCUGAUCACAUCAGAACUCGAUCACAACAUCUCGACAUGGCUGGUUGUGAACCUGAAGAAGUAUCCAAUCCAAAAGAAAAACCUCCCAACUUGCUAAGCAAACUUCCGGAGGAGAUUCUCCAUGGAACUUUACGAUACCUUGAUGAUAUCGACUUGUUUAGAUUCGCUCAAGCAUGUCGCUGGUCAUACGACAAAUCGAUCCCCUUACUAUGGCAGAAUGUCGAGUUAACGGACUGUCGCACAACGAAUCCUGCAAGCGUUGACUGGAGUGAUGAUCACGAUGACACACCCAUCAUCCGUAAACUUCUUGUCCUAGCCAGCAAUUCAUGGAUCGCUUCCCAAGUACACACUCUGACACACCGUUGUCAUCUGCCACCGCCGGCUAUCUUUUAUGAGCUUCCGAGGAUCAGCUUCCAUGGUCGUACGCUUUCACAUGAUCCAAGGACACUGCGACUACUUCACAGAGCUUGUCAAAAUCUUACAGGCGUACAUACAUUGAGAAUCAUUUUUGGUCACUGGGAACUUACUCGCGGCCUUCUGAUAGGACUGCUGGGUCACUCCAAAGGUUCCUCAGUACGGCACAUCUGGCUUGAGAACUGCAGCAUCGCAGGUAUCCCAAACAGUUUAUUGCAAUCGCUCGACCUUACGAGGCUAGAAAGUCUUCGCCUUCGCAGACUACCACUGCUUGCUAAUGUCGGAAGACACGACUUUCAAGAAGUGUAUAGUCGGGGCCAAUUCCCCGAUUGGCGAAGCGAUCAGACAAAUGAGAUCAGACAAGACGGCCGAGGUGGUCUCAUACAAACAUCUGUUGAGCAACUCAAAAUCCAAGAGGCUGCUGUCAGAAACUUGGUACUAGCCUAUCAAGUACAGGCGAGUGAUGCAGAGGCCAAGGAAAAUAUUGAGGCAGCCGAGAAGCUUUUCGAAAGCUUGUUUGUACAAGCUGAUGAGUUCGCCGACAAGGCUUACACUCAAAUUCCUGAUAUUGGUGGUUUGAUCACUGCGAUUCAGCAAGGAUUGUCGGAUGAGGAUCGGUCCCCUGUCAACAGUGUCAAGCAGCUACUUGACAGGAAUCAUCCAGACUUCGCGCCAAACGAUACAGAUCCUUUUCCUACUUUCAUGCACAUCCUGGAGAAUUCUUCAGCGUCCUUGACGUCGUUGAAUCUGGACUGGGUACUGUUUAGAAGGACAGAUCAACGUACUUCCUUGGAGUCAAAAUCAAGUCUGGAUGGCUUGUUUGGGCGCCUGUUCAGGUUACACUUCCCCUGCCUUCGUGCUUUUCAAUUCAGGAAUGCAGUCAUAGAGGAGUCUGCAUUUCCUCGAGAUGUUUAUCUGCUCGAUGCUUGUGGUCCAGACUCGGGUUCGCUCCUCGCCACAGAGUUGUGUAUAGCUUGGUUGGAGUUACAUCCAAGACUUCGUUCCUUGGCUUGGCCAGCGGAUCGUUUUUUCAGAGCUACAAGGACCCUCCCCACAGAGUUGCAAAACCGACUCGAACAUGUCAUCUCCAGUUUGGCACACUCACUGGAAGAUCUUCGGGUGGACACCGUAUACAGCCGCAGUGGUGAGUUCAAAUCCGAUGACUCAGAAGACCCACUGGACGUGAAUCGUCGACGGAGUCGCAGGCGGUUUAUCUCUGAGUUUGCGGCCAGACUACAAAAGCUUGAGAUUGUGAAGAUGGAGGGAGGCAUACCUCGUGAUGAGAAGCGUGAGACCAUACGUGCUUUACGGCAAUGCCCCCUAGAGAAGAUUGUCAUGAUUGGAGUUAAUUGCCCGAUUGGUAACACUUGGGGCUUUAACGGAAAGGACAUAGGGUCCCUCGGAAUCAACGAAGAUCCCAACGACCCUGACGACUUUGGAUCGCUGGAGGAAGAAGAUUCGGACGAGAUUGUUCGCCUCGGCACAACGAAUCCAGACCCUGUAUCGCGCAACGAAGUGUUCGAAGCUGAGUACGGAUGGCCUCCAGCUGGUCCCUUCAUCCACACCUUGGCCUCUUACCACGCAAGCACAGUCACAGAACUCAAAUUCUGUGGCUACCGAGGAGCACCACUUCUUUGGUCUCCCACACCCAUCACAAACUACAUGCUUGUCCCCCUCCGCAAUUUCCAUAAUCUACGCCGACUGAUAAUCUCGCUCUGGCUCCACACUCUAUGGGAAGGCGAGCAUCGCGACGACGAAAUCUUGGAUUACUGGCUCAACACGCGAGAUGCCUCAACCACAGCUCUCGUCACCACAACCACCGAAGAACCCACAGGAUGGGCCAAAGAACUCGCCACAAAAUAUGCCCCUGCAGUCAUUGCCGCUAGAAUCGUCACGUUCAUGGGCCCCUUCAUCAGCGAACAGGCCAAAUCUCAACACGGAGGUAUGCAUGUGAGAGCAAGCUUUUGCAUUGGCAGUUAUGGCGGCUUGUUCGACUUUGACGUCAUCAUUGGAAAGGAUGCGGACGGUAAAGAUGAGUUGAGAGAGUGGAAGGGUCCGAGGGAGGAGUUGCAUCCUGAGAGGAGGGCGGAGAAGUUGAGGAAUCGGAGGUGGUUUGGUACAAGGGUCAGGAGGGACUUGGGAGAUGGACAGAGGAGUAUGUCUGUUAGCUUGUGACAGCAAAGCUUUUGGGCCAAAGGCUUUGUUGAUGCUUCUGUGAACAUUUUCCACCAUUUCUGACUUUUGCAAAUUUCGAAGGUCUGAAACGAUUGACUUUUCACAAAGGUUGCGAAUCCCACAGUCGUAUCUAUCUCCUUGACGAAUCGAAAGCAGUAAAAUUUCUCACACG